AUGCCUAUUCUUGAGGUCAAACCUACAUCUUCAGAACUCCUCCAGCAUGUGGCAGACUCGCUCGGGAAGGCAAGGAAAGUUGUCAUCAUUACUGGCGCCGGCAUAAGCACCAAUUCUGGUAUCCCAGACUUUCGCUCCGAAAAUGGGCUAUACUCGCUUAUUCAGGCGCAAUUCGAACGAGCAGAAGCUAGUCAUCCCAAUGAUAUCGAUGAACAGGCUGCCAACUUCGCCUCAAGCGGGCGCCCUACAAAAAGAAGAAGAAUAUUUCAUGCAGCUGGAUGCCUAAAUGAACAGGAAGUGCCCAAAAGGGUCACACGAGCCCCGAGUGAGUGCAAGAGCCGAGAUGAGACAAGUGCAGAGAGGUUGUCUUCCUACACCGGAGGCGACCUCCUUGUAAAGCCGGAGGUGGAAACAAUAUCUUCCCAACCUUCGCUCCGCCGGCUCGCACACUCACGACCGGGACUACGACCAAUUCUACAUAGAAACAUGACUCAAUCCUCUAUACAGUCUUCUGCGAGUCAAGAUUCAUCAUUCUCGGCACCACAAUUCUCAAGUGCCUCGUCUCAGACCGAAGAGUCGUCUUCCUACGAAGCAAAAGAGGUCGGCGACGCCCAAGUGAGAGCUGCAACCCCUCGAGCCAUGUUGAGCGAAACAUUCAGCUCCUCACCUCUCUCUUCACCUCCCCCUAUUCUGUUUGACCCUUACGAAAAUGCAAACUCGUCUACGGAAAACUCCGACACAUCUGAUUCUGAAGAGACACAGAACUCACUGGACCUGUUUUCUUCCCAGACAUCCAACUCGAGCUUGCGAAAUAUGAAAGGUCGUGAUUUAUUCGACAGUAAUAUAUGGUCUGAUCCGCUCAAGACAUCUGUAUUCUACCGGUUUGCUACGACGUUAAGGCAGAAAGUAAAGGAAGUAGAACCGACUACAACCCAUCACUUUAUUGCCCGGCUCCGCGAUGCUGGGAAGCUUGCAAGAGUGUAUACACAAAACAUCGACGAGAUUGAAAAGAAGAUUGGUCUUUCGACGGACCUCAAAAAUGGUGCAGGCAAUAGAAGGAGGAAGUCUGCUAAGCAGCAAGUGGUGGAUUCCGAGAAAGACUGCAAAGAGAACCAGGAGCCGCUGAAGAUCAACGAUGAUCCUAAUCAUCCUGAUGCUGGACAGGCCUCACAGAGUACUGACGGGUCUGGACGGACCAAUUCCCGAUCAGCGUUGGCCCCAAACAGGGGUGUUGAAUGCGUUUUCCUCCAUGGUUCUCUAAAUUCCUUGCGGUGCUUUGUUUGUGGAAAGCUCUGCAACUGGGAUGAAGAUGGCCGGGAAUCCUGUACGAUGUUGGGCGAACAACCUGAGUGUCCUCAUUGCGCGGGGGCAACGGCUGCACGCCAGGAGAAAGGAAAGCGAGCCUUAGGUGUUGGCAAGCUCCGACCCGAUAUUGUUCUCUAUGGAGAGGAACACCCUCAGUCUGACCUGAUAUCCCCCAUAGUGCAACAUGACCUUUCUGCCGGACCGGAUCUUCUCCUGAUACUUGGGACAAGCCUUAGAGUUCACGGGCUCAAAGUGAUGGUCAAGGAAUUUGCCAAGGCUGUGCAUAAAAAGGGGGGUAGGGUGGUGUUCAUCAAUUUGACAAAACCAUCCGAAAGCGCAUGGGGAGACAUCAUAGAUUACUGGAUCGAGUGGGAUUGUGACGCCUGGGUUGAGGACCUGAAAAAUAGAAAGCCUUAUCUUUGGCUAUCACCUGACGAGGUACUUGAAUCCGAAAAGCAAAGACGUGAAGCCUUGGCGGAGAAGAAAAAAGAGAUUAUGUUCAAAAAGCGCGAAAGCAUCGCCGAGAAAAAGCGAGUGAGUCUUGGGGCGAAAAGACGACAUACAAUCGAACUGGACAAACCUCGGCCGCCACCUAAGAAUCCCUCUUCCAUGAGAAACGAUUACCAAUGCGGCGCGUACGUGGUCUGGGAGAUAUUCCAAACUUUAGCCAAGAUUGGUGAUCGUCCUUUUGAUAAUCUUGGAUAUAAACCUCCUCAACAGCCCCCGCCAGCCGCGCCACCCCCUCAUCCUCACCCUCAUCCUCAUCCCCCUUCAACAUCUCGACAGCCUCGUCCGGCGGCGAUCACUAAGGCGAGGAAAGCGAGGAAAUCUGCACCAGCGGCUCUUGUUGCUCCUACUGACUCGGAGAUGAAGUCCAGGCCCGCCGUUAAGGCUAAGUUCCUAACUACCUGCAACAGUCGGAAUCAAUACGCAAAAGCCGCCCAAGAGCUGGCGCGUUCUGGUAAAUCUCCCACACCUGUUAGGAUGGCCGAAUUCGACAAGGCGGCGACGCUACACGAGAAGAAAACAACACCAGCCUAUACGCCGCCUAGUUCCAUCACUGCCGCUGUUAAAGUUCAUCCUCGCCAGCGAAAGCGGAAGCUUAUCGAUGGUGUCCCGGUUGGCAUUACAGUCUCGCGAACACGGAAGCCUACAUUUCCGCCAUCCGCGCCCCCUCGACGCAUUAGUAGGGAGGUCGAGGCCGAGAAUCGAUUAGCUCCUCCUCCGAUUUAUAGUACGCUUCCUUCGAAAGGUCCGAUUCUGCCCCCUUUCCAUCCUGGAUGGGAGCGUUCACCCCCGGCUCGGAUCAAACCGCUGGAGCCCAGUCUAAAUGUGUCGCCGCGCAGUCCCCUAGCUAAUUUGCCGCCAAUAGUACAGCCGAAGGUUUUCGCCAUACGUCAAGCCACCCAUCCGAUGCUUUUUAGCGAUCCACUUGUCAAGCUACGGUACGAGACGACCAAUUACAGAAAGCCUCCCCGGGAAGCAGACACGGCAAUAUACGACAAAACCCCCAGUCCGUCAGACCAGCUCCGGUGGGAACUAGCCCAACAGGAGGCGUUGGAAGGGGCAGAGGCUCUCGAGGGGCUGAAGCGUUCGCAAUGA